CAAAUAAUCACAAGUUUAAUGAAAAUAGGUUCUCGAUACUUUUUCCUAGAUUUAUAGUGUUUCUAAUCGACUAAAAACCUAGUUUGAAUUAAGUAGGUUUCAGGUCACACCUCUAUUCUACUGCAGUUAUUGAAUGCAGUUUUCAGUGUGCAUUCAUCGGUCUAUGACGUUUUUGCCCUGUAAAUAUAAAUAUCGAUCCUAUCUAUUAUGCAGCCAAGUAAAAUAUAAUGUAAUGUCCAAUAUCUUUGAAACACUUCAGUGUUUUAUAAGAUCGUCUUAAAAUUUUAAAGUACUAAUCUAGGACUUCGUAUAAAAUGAAAAAUUAAUGUUCUAUUAUUAUUCUUCACCACUUUAUCGAUCGAUAACUAAAAUGUAUCGAGCACUAUUGAUUUCAUUUUUAAUUCUGGGUCUGCAUUGCGAUAAUUGCUUGUCCAUAAGGGAAUACAGUAAAGAAGAUGUUUUAAAACUAAGAGAGGAAGUAAGAGAAAUGUUUCAACAUGCAUACGACAGCUACCUGCGAUAUGCGUACCCCUACGACGAGCUACGCCCUUUGAGUUGUGAUGGAGUGGAUACUUGGGGCAGUUACUCUCUUACACUUAUAGAUGCUUUAGAUAUGCUUGUGAUAAUGGGAAACUAUACGGAAUUCAACAGAGUCGUUGACAUUGUGCUUGAGAAACAAAACUUUGAUACAGAUAUCAAUGUUUCAGUGUUUGAAACCAAUAUUAGAAUUAUUGGUGGCUUACUUAGUGCACAUCUCUUAUCGAAUAAGUCUGGAAUGAAAUUAGAACCUGGAUGGCCAUGUAAUGGACCUCUACUUCGGUUAGCUGAAGAUGUUGCACACAGGCUUAUUGCUGCUUUUGACACUACCACUGGGAUGCCAUAUGGUACCAUAAAUCUAAGAUCUGGUGUUCCACCUGGAGAAACGAGUAUUACUUGCACAGCUGGUGUGGGGACAUUCAUCAUAGAAUUUGGUACUUUAAGUAGGCUAACUGGCGACCCAUUGUAUGAAGAGGUUGCACUGAAUGCACUAAAAGCUUUAUACCAUCAUAGAUCACCUAUAGGUCUAGUUGGAAACCAUAUUGAUGUCAUGACAGGAAGAUGGACAGCUCAAGACGCUGGUAUUGGAGGUGGCGUCGACUCCUAUUUUGAAUAUCUAGUCAAAGGUGCAAUACUAUUGGAAAGGCCGGAACUAAUGUCAAUGUUUAAUGAAGCUCGGACUGUUAUUGAUAAAUAUUUGAAGAAGGAUGACUGGUAUGUGUGGGCCACCAUGCUGAAAGGACAUGUGACCCUUCCUGUAUUCCAGUCCCUGGAAUCGUACUGGCCUGGUUUAUUGAGCUUGAUAGGUGAAAGCGACACAGCAAUGCGUAUUCUACAUAAUUACCACAGUGUAUGGAAACAAUAUGGGUUUACUCCAGAGGUUUACAAUCUCGGUACUGGUGAGGCCUCGUCUUCGAGGGAGAGCUAUCCCUUACGCCCGGAAUUGAUAGAGUCUAUUAUGUACUUGUAUAGAGAAACAAGAGAUCCAAUAUUGCUGCAAAUGGGAGAAGAUAUACUGAGGAGCAUACAGCACAGUGCGAGAACACCUUGUGGAUAUGCUACGAUUAAGGAUGUCCGUGAUCACCGUAAGGAAGAUCGAAUGGAAUCAUUCUUCCUCGCUGAAACAACCAAAUAUCUUUAUCUAUUGUUUGACCCGGACAACUUCAUUCACAACCCAGGUGUCCACGGGACAGUUAUAAAUACACCAAAUGGUGAAUGUAUAGUCGACAUGGGUGGAUAUGUUUUCAACACAGAGGCUCACCCCAUUGAUCCCCUCAUGCUGUAUUGUUGCCAUGAAGCCAGGCAAGGUAUAAACAUUAGUGAAGUACACAGAAUUUCUCAAAUAUUAGAUGAGGAAGAUAAUAUACAAUUUAUGACAAUGAUAGAUGCUUCUAUGAAUAGGAAUAUCACGAAUACCACAGAAAAAGAAACUGACUCCGAAACUACAACAAGCUUCAAGGUGAACACGACUACAACAACGACAAAUGAAAUUAGAGAUUUUCCUAAAGCGGAACAAAGUCAAGUUUCAAUCAAAACGGAGACAAGGACUGGAUAUGUUAACAUUGAUGGCACUGAAAGAGAAAAGACUAAAAAUGAAAGCUUAGGCGAUAUUUUGAAGGAUCAUAUCAGCAAUUACUAUAAUAAUACAACUAUAAAUGAUAGCAACAAGGAAACAAUCACCGAGGAGCCUUCUACUCAAACCGUUUCAAAAGUGGCAGUCGAUGAUAUAAUUAUACCACAGAAAACUGAAUCUGAUACAUUGCAACUACCGAGUACCACGAAAGCAAAGGAAGUUAUCAAAAUCUUGCCGAAAGUGUUACAAGAUUACAUAAACAAUGAUUAUAGAGCCAAGUCGACGUGCGAGCCGCAGCGGAUGUUGGAGAGAAUUCGAAACGAGAAGAGAUAUCCGGAACACCCUGACAUCAAUAAAUACAGAAUCCUGUUGACGGCGGCUCCGUCUUUUAUGCAAAGGGUUUGCAUCGCUGGAGAAUUUUUGAAUCGAAAGCACGUGGAAUUGUGACAUAUAAUGAAUAUGUUUGUACCUAUCAUCUUUUGUCUGGAAUAUCUGAUUAUAGUUAGCCGCUACGCAUAUCUCUAAAGGCACAAUACACGCUGUACUUGAAUGUAGAGUUCAAGAAUAAAUAAAGUAGAUCAAAUUCA